AUGGUGUCCCCCGGAACAAGCAUAGGAUACAAUCCUAUAAAUCUGAUCCUCCGACUCUACUCGGAGUUUCUUACCUCAAAAAGACGCAACAACAAACUUAUAGAGUUGAAUUUAGAUUUCAAGCCAACCGUCAAACAUUUCAAACACAUGUCCAAGCCAACGAUUGUCAAUUUGAGUAUUCUGAGCUCGGUGUUUUUGUUUGUGCUCUAUGUGCUCCCCAUUUCAAUUUUCUUUAAAGCACUUCUUGUGACGGGACUGGGAUUACUGAUCACGGUUCCUGUGCUAUCCCAGUUCUUUCUUUUUGGACUUCCCGUGCUCGCUUGGGUGUUUUUGUUCUUCUCUGCCGGCCAAAUCCCAACAAGCUGGAAACCUUCAAUCAGUGUCAAAAUCCUCCCAUCCAUGGAAACCAUCCUUUACGGUGACGAUCUCUCAAACAUCCUGGCUACAUAUACCUCCAAGCCUCUGGAUUUCGUUGCCUGGUUCCCAUACGGAAUAAUGCAUUUUGUCUGCCCAUUUAUCGUGGCUGCUCUUGUUUGGAUCUUCGGACCUCCAACCGCACUUAGAUCGUUUGGCUGGGCGUUCGGAUACAUGAAUCUUGUUGGAGUUCUGAUCCAACAGGUGUUCCCAUCUGCUCCUCCUUGGUACAAGAACCUCUAUGGACUCCAACCAGCUAAUUACUCGAUGAGAGGAAGUCCUGGUGGAUUGGGCAGAAUGGAUGAUUACUUUGGUUUCGACAUGUACACCACCACUUUCAGCACUGCUCCGGUGAUCUUUGGCGCGUUCCCAUCUCUGCAUUCUGCCAUUUCAACGUCCAACGCUCUGUGGCUGUCAUACUUGUUCCCCAAAUACUCUCCGGUGUUUGUGGUUUACGUGUGCUGGUUGUGGUGGUCCACAAUGUACCUGACCCAUCAUUAUUUCUUUGAUUUGACUGCUGGAUCCGUGUUGGCGGUGACGUUUUUCUUUGCCGCCAAGAUCCAGUGGCUUCCGAUCAAGAAGGACGACUGUUUCUGCCGGUUCAACUACUACCGUUUGGAGUACGAAGACAUCAGCAGCCAAGACCCGCUUAAUACCGAGGCUCGCAUCACCGUGGACGAUCCCAUGGAACUGGACGAUGCCAGCUCCAGCGGACGGUCCACUCCUGCAGCCGACGACUCUACUGUCGACUCAAGUCUGUUAACGGCUUAA